CAUCGUCUGGCGGGGAAAGCGAGGGACCAAAUGACUGUGAGGAAGGGCGGCAGCCGCCACCGCCGACACAGAAGCCAGCCGCGGCGCAGCGGCAGCAGCCCCGGCAGGAGACCCGACGCCCGCGGGGCCCGGCUCUCCCGCGGCCAGCUAGAAGGCCAUGGCGGCGGGCGGCAAGCGGCAGGCGGGCCGCCGGGCUUAGGGCGCGGGCGGCGGCGGGGCUGAGGCGGGCCCCCCGCCCCGCGGGCGCCGCAUGGCGCGGGCCUGAUGCCGGAGCGCGGCCCGGUGCCGCGGCGGCGCUGCGGGUGGAGGAGGAGGAUGGCGGGGCUGGCGUGGAAGUGGCCGCGCACCCGCUUGCCCGUGGGGGCGAGCGCCUUGGGCGUCUUCGUCCUUUGCUGGCUCUACAUCUUCCCCGUCUACCGGCUGCCCGACGAGAAGGAGAUCGUGCAGGGGGUGCUGCUGCAGCAGGGCAAGGCGUGGAGGAGGAACCAGACUGCGGUCGCCCUGUUCAGGAAACUGCUGGAAGAAUGCUGUGACCCUGGGCAGCUCUUUGCCAUGACAAAGCAGAACUCCCCGAUGGGAAAGAACCUCUGGUUUGAUGGGGAAUUUUUGUAUUCUGUCACUAUUGACAAUGCAACUUACUCACUCUUCCCACAGGCUACUCCCUUCCAGCUGCCACUGAAGAAAUGCUCCGUGGUGGGAAACGGUGGGAUCCUGAAAAAGAGCGGCUGCGGCAAACAAAUAGAUCAAGCGGAUUUUGUCAUGCGGUGCAACCUUCCUCCUCUAUCCAGUGAAUACAGCAAGGAUGUUGGAUUGAAAACCCAGCUGGUGACUGCAAAUCCCAGUAUAAUUCAGAAAAGGUUCCAGAAUCUGCUGUGGUCUCGCAAAGCAUUUGUGGACAGCGUGAAGGUGUAUAACCACAGCUACAUCUACAUGCCAGCCUUCUCCAUGAAGACAGGCACGGGACCCUCCCUGCGUGUCUAUUACACCCUGGAGGACUUCGGUGCCAAGCAGGCCGUCCUCUUUGCCAACCCCAACUUCCUCCGUGACAUUGGCAAGUUCUGGAAGAGCAAAGGUAUCCAUGCCAAAAGGCUUUCCACGGGACUGUUCCUGGUCAGUGCCGCCCUUGGGCUGUGCGAGGAAGUAACAAUUUACGGCUUCUGGCCGUUCUCGGUGGACCUGCAUGGCAAGUUUAUUAGCCAUCAUUACUAUGACAAUGUCUUGCCUGAUUCUGGAUUCCACGCUAUGCCAGAGGAAUUUCUACAGCUCUGGUUUCUUCAUAAAAGUGGUGUACUGAGAAUGCAGCUAGAACCAUGUGAGGACCCUUUAAUCCAGUCUUCUGCCUGAGGAUCAUAGGACUUGGUUUGGGAGAUCCAGUAGUUUUUAAUUUCCAGACUCUCCAACAGAGAGUUCUGUUUUCUGUUGAGUCUUUUUAAAGGGAAAAUAAUUGUGGAUCUGCAUGGACCAUAAAAAUGCUACCUGAAGGCCAAAUGGAAUACGUCCUUAAUGUAUAGUGCUUUGUGGAACCGGGGUGGGGGAAGUGAAUCUCUCGGUCGAGUCCAUUCAGCAGCAUUGUGAACAUAUCGUUGGAAGCAGCACAGCUGAACUUUCCAGGGGACAUUUCUCAAUGACCAAUGUACAAAGGGCAUUAAGGCUCGGAGAGACACAGGGCCACCCACAAGCUUUUGCUGACAGUGCCAAAUAUGACUGUCUGUUCAAAACUCCAUUUCAUUCCAGACUGGCACCUCAUACCUUUCCUUUUAUUCCCCUCUGUUUGGAGGUGUGGGGGUGUGUGUGUGUAGGAGAUCUUUAAUGUGUUGUUGACUUUUUGUUUCUUUCCCUUUUAUUU